AUGUUAGACAUUACCUAUAACAUUACCAUAGAAAGUGAAAUGAAUAAUUUUGUUGAAUUAUGCGACCCCAAUCUAAAUCCCUUGUCAUCGGCGGAAUUACCUUCCCAAGGCACUAAUCGUACAGGUCGUCAAUUGUUUUAUAGUCCUAGCUUCUUUUACAUUCAAAAUUAUGGUGCAGAAAACAGUAAAUGUGUUACUUCUCGAGGUCUAGUGGGUGUCUGCAUGAGUUUUGACAGUUGUGUUCAAAACCAGAGAGAAAAACGUCAUACAUCCACCCUAUUGGAUGUACAACAAUGGCCUGCCUAUCAAAGAGUUUUACCCUAUUACCAACCUCAAUUGCAGCAACAAGAAUUUUGUACUUUCUACGAUCAGUUUGCUAGAUCUUCUUAUGGCAUAUGUUGCACGGGUAUACAAGAUAUGACUCCCGUUUCACCAGCAUAUAAACCACAAAUUCCUGAUAUGGAACACGAACCAGAAAUGCCUUUAGAUGUCACGACCAAAAAACCUGAAAACCUGGAUGAUUCCGAGGUAUUAGAAGCCGAUUUAAAUAGUUUCCAGCCUGAACCACCACAAUAUGAUAAUACCGAUAAUACCAUAGACUAUGAUCCUAUAGAGAAUUUAAAACAGGCUGCUGUUUAUAACAAUUAUAAUAACUACAUACGUUAUCCCUGGCCUCAGCAGUUUGUGGGCUUUUCGGGUGUACAACAAUGGCCACCACCAAUACCAACACAUGCUCCAGCCAUAGCCAGUUGGCCACCACCAUUGCCUACUCAUCCACCCAAUCAUCAUUAUCCCACACAUCCUCCUCUUACUGGAGGAGGUGGCUCACACUAUACCACUACUAGAAGACCUCAGUAUGUUACCACAACGACUAGACGUCCUACAUAUCCCAAUUAUCCUACACACAGACCUAUUACCACUACAACUACCACCGCAACUACUAAGAAACCUGAUUCUACUGCUACCACUGCUUUGGGUUUGCCAUUGCAAUGUGGUGUGAAAAAUAUAGAGAGUCCCGAUCAAGAGAGAAUUGUGGGUGGUACAAAUGCCAGUCCUCAUGAGUUUCCCUGGAUAGCAGUUUUAUUUAAAUCGGGCAAACAAUUUUGUGGUGGCAGUUUAAUAACAAAUAAUCACAUCUUGACGGCAGCCCAUUGUGUGGCCAGGUUAGUUGGAACUUUGAAAUAUUACCGAUGCAAGAUUAGUCAUGACAACUGUUUAGUUCAAACUUCAAUCUGGCAUAAUUCUCGAUCUAUAGUCAUGCCUAAAGUUUAGACUGUAGUGUAGGUU